AUGGCCAGCGGUUCCCGGAUUACCACGCUGCCGCAGUCGAAGGAGGCGCUACUCAAGUCAUACAACGCACGCCUCAAGGAGGAUGUGCGCAGUAUGCUGGAGAACUUUGAGGAAACACUCAAGCUGGCGCGCAGAGAGAGCCACAGCCAAAUAUCGCGUACGACACAAUGCGAGCAGGAUGCCCUCGAAAUGCAAAUACGAGCCUCCAAUAUGGUGCGUGCGGGUGAGUCGCUGAUGAAGCUGGUGGCCGAUCUCAAGCAGUAUCUCAUACUGAACGACUUCCAUUCGGUCAACGAGGCCAUUACGAACAACUCGCAGCUGUUUCGUGCCACCCAAAUCGAGUGCGACAGGAAGCUGAUGAAGCUGCGCGACGAAAUGGCGAUGGAUCUGUACGAUCUCGAGGAGGAGUACUACACGAGCAUAUUCAAGUAGAUCGCCGCUGUACCAUAAGCCAUUUAAUAUCAUUUAUUUAUUUAAUACAACAGUUAACCAAAGCUAAA